AUGAAGAUAUUAGGAUUUGGUUUGGUCAUUCUAACAACAGUUAUCUGUGAAGUCCCUCCGCCAUUUUCUGGAUCUUUCAGACCAAGCCAACCAUUGCUAUUACCAGCCAAAGGUCACAUUCAAACUUUUUACGGACCUCCUAAACAACAAUACCCUUCUUCACCCCAAACCCAAUAUGGAGUGCCAAAUUCAAAGAACUUUGAAUACCUUGAAGAUCUACUCGGACCAAUAAUUCCUCCGAGAACAGUAGUUAGACCUCAGACCAAUUACAAGCAACCGAGCAGAAUUCCUGGAAGUCAAGAUUCUUUGAGGAUAACCAGCCAUCUCCAAACAACAUAUGGAGUCCCAAGCAAGCAACAGGUGCCAACGGUGCAGUAUGGAGCACCAGAGAUACGACAAAAUGAUAAUUACCAUUAUUAUCAACCAUCCAGACCAUUAUUCGGAAAUAAUAUAGAUCAAAAUCGAAAACCAGUGCCAAGCAGACCACAGAACUCUCAGAUGAUUUAUAGUAAUAAUAACUACCAAUCACCGAAACCUUUUGGAGACAACUUUCGGCAUAAUCAGCCACAAGUUCAAUAUAUGCCAUCAGGCAUAUCUCUGAAUAAUAACUAUCAAGCACCGAGAGGUUAUGAUCAACAAGGCCUUCAAGGUCAAUAUGGAGUGCCAGAUCAAAGAGGGAUCGAAAGUUUCGAACGUGUUCAACAACAAAGGUAUCGAGUUCAACAACAGCAUCAGCUUAUUAAUCAAAAUUCACUGACUGAACAAUAUUUGCCACUGAGGGAAGCUGUUAACUUUAGAAAUUCAGCCAAUGCCAACAGACAGUCAGGCAAUUUGGGUAACAAUGUGCCUAAAAUAGAACUUUCACAGCAGUACCGAGUUCAACAGCAGCAGCUAAAUCCAAGGCCACUUACUGAACAAUAUUUGCCCCUAAGAGAAGCUGUUGACUUUAGAAAUUCAGCUAGUGCAAACAGACAAGCAGGCAAUUUGGGUAACAAUGUGCCUACAAUAGAACUUUCACAGCAACACCUUCCAAUAAAGGAAGCCAACAGAUUCAGAAGUAUCCAACCAGAAAUUGGGCGAGACCAUACCCAGAAUUUCGGAGGUGUUCAAAAUGAUAUUGAUCUUCCAACUCAAACCAUUGCACCACACGGUGAUUCCACUGUUAGCUUUCCACCGAUCGAUCAACGGUUUAUGAAUCCCAUGAAUAUCGAUAUUCAACAGGUUGAAGUAAAAUCAGUUGGUCAGAACGAUGAUGUCAACUCUCAGAGUUACCAACCAGUAAGUGACAGAUAUUUACCUUCUACCACAACACCAAGGGUGACAACUGAAAGACCAGUUACGACUGCAUCAAGGGCGGUAACUACGGUGAGACCCACUGAAGCAACAGUUGAAGAGCCAAUGCUAACCGAAACAGACGACGAAAGUUCUGGUAAUCCGAAUGUCGCCAUAGCAACAGCAGUAGCCGGUAAUCCAGAAGGCCAGACUUUCUACCUCGUCCAGCCUGAUGGUCGUUUUCAAAGGGUUGUUUACCAGAAGACACAAGAGCAAGGGGACCAAGAUAAUGAGUACACGGCCAACUACAACUUUCAGAAUAUUCAAGCCGAUCCUGAUUUAGUGUAUACACCUCUGAUUACUUUAGGGUAACUACUUAGGUAGAAAUGAGAUAGAAAUUAUGUCAUAGAAAUUAUGUCAUACCAUCUGUGAUUUUUCAUAAUUUAUUCGAAUGAUUUUCAACGAAAAUGUAUUAUUGCAAUAGUAUUAAUUGUUUAUUACUCCAGAUUUUUUGGCAUUUUCUCUCCUUAUUUCGAUAGAAUAUAAUAAUAUAAGUUAUUUCAAUAUAUACAUGUAUAGUGAGGACAAACAGAUGUUUGCCCCAACAGAUUGUCACUGCGUUUAAAAAAUGUUCCUAUGAGAGAGCCUAAAAGAAAGAUUCAUUCGCGAGAAAAUGGAAAGAGAAACUCCCAAAACAAUCUGGAAUAAUGAAUAUAUAAUACCACCUCGAUUAAUAUAUAACCUACAGACAGUAUUCAUAUUACGAUUCAAUAGGUAAUAUAUUGUUGUUUGAAAUAACAAUAAUAACAUUAUUUUUAU